AGGCUGCCAGAAGCUCAACUGUGCUCGGAUGGAUAGAGCAGGGGCUCGGCAUCGGAGGCCAGAGGGCUUUGGCAAGCCAGAGGAGUCGGGGCUGCCACAGAUCGCUAGUCCAGAAAGACCCACUGCAACUUCAGAAGAUGGAUGGUGGAGGGUUCCUGAGAGCCAACAGGUGGCUCCCAAACAGCUGGGCACUGAGCCCAGCAGGGAGACCACACUCUCCAUUGGUGCUGAGGUCACAUUACCCUUCGUGUUUGCAGGCCUUGGGCUCUCCGUGGCUGGUGUGCUUUUGAACUAUUUCCAGUACUGGCCUGUGUUUGUGGAGGUGAAAGAGCUCAUGACACUGGUGCCGCCCCUGGUGGGCCUGAAGGGGAACCUGGAAAUGACACUGGCUUCACGACUGUCUACAGCUGCCAACACGGGACAAAUUGAUGACCCCCAAGAGCAACACAGAGUCAUCUGCAGUAACCUUGCCCUUGUUCAGGUUCAAGCCACUAUUGUGGGGCUCCUUGCUGCUCUGGCCGCCCUGCUGCUGGGAGCCGUGUCCAGCGAGGAGGUGGACUUAGCCAAGGUGGGGCUGCUGUGUGCCAGCAGUGUCCUCACAGCCUUCUUCGCUGCCUUGGCCUUAGGAAUACUGAUGGUCUGCAUAGUGAUUGGGGCUCGGAAGUUCGGGAUCAACCCAGACAACAUCGCCACACCCAUCGCAGCGAGCCUAGGAGACCUCAUCACAUUGUCCAUUCUGGCUUUAGUUAGCAGCUUCUUCUAUAGACACAAAGACAGCAGGUACCUGCCACUGCUGGUCUGUGUGGUCUUUGUCACUCUGACCCCAGUGUGGGGCAUCAUGGCGAAGCAGAGCCCAUCCAUCCUGAAGGUCCUCAAGUUCGGGUGGUUCCCCAUCAUUCUAGCAAUGGUUCUCAGCAGUUUCGGAGGGCUCAUCCUGAGCAAAACCAUCUCUGAACCACACUACCAAAAUAUGGCCAUCUUCACACCCAUCAUUUGUGGUGUUGGUGGCAAUCUGGUGGCCAUUCAGACGAGCCGGAUCUCUACCUACCUGCACAUUUGGAGCUCACCUGGGGUCCUACCCCUCUGGAUGAAAAAACUCUUGCCUAACCCAUGUUCUACUUUCUGCUCCUCAGAAACCAAUGCCAUGUCAGCCAGAGUUCUGCUCUUCCUGGUGAUUCCAGGCCAUCUGAUAUUCCUCUUAGUGGUUUACCUCGUAGAGGGUCACUCCGUCACAAGCAGCAAGACUUUCGUGUUGCUGUAUCUGCUCGCAGGUCUGAUCCAGGUAACAAUCCUGCUAUACCUGGCAGAAGUGAUGGUUCGUCUGACUUGGCACCAGACCCUGGAUCCUGACAGCCACUGCAUUCCCUACCUUACAGGACUGGGAGACCUCCUGGGGACUGGCCUGUUGGCACUCUGCUUCCUUCUCGACUGGCUAUUAAGGAGCAGAGCAGAGCUCAAAGACCUCUCAGAACUAGUGUCUGGGCCUCCCUAACUGAACUUGCCCAACCCCAGUUCCUCAGUAGGAUGUUUCCUCUGCUUCCUUUCUGGGUCUGUCCACAUAUAUUGAUUGGAGCUGACACCUGAACCCAGGAUGGACACCUGAAAUCAAAAUUAUUAUGUUAUAAAUGUGUGUCUGUAACUAGAUGUGCUUGGGCAUUAGGGGUAUUCCCUGUGGCUUGGGGCAUGUGUGAGUGAGGUGUGUGUGUGUGUAUGUCUAGGGAACACAGUGCUGUAGCCUGAAGACACAGAAAGAGGAGACACAUCUAGUGGCAUGUUUAGUUUACUUUGAUAAGUGUGUCUCUGUUGUACCAGGCCUGUGCAACCUGAGUUGGGGUGGGGCAGAAAAUCCUUUCUAUCCCUAACCUCUGGAUUUGAACCUGGGUGGCCCAUACCCCAAAAGCCACCUGAAGGUUUGCCAUACAGAAUGUACAGCCCUUCCCAAAUGGGGCCUUGCACACACUCCUCUAAGCCCAGGCAUUGAAUCUAUUCACUGCAUGUGUCUGUCUUUUUUUUUUUAAUCAAAAAUCUCUAUUGUAGAUUUCAAUAAUCAGAGAAGUAUAAAAUAAAGCAUAGAUUAUAUUUUA